GCGAGAAGACGGGCCGCUCUGGCGGUAGCGAUAACGAGCCUUGGUGGUGGUGGUAGUGGUGGUGGUAGUGGCGGUGGCGGCCGAGACGGCGGCGGCCAUUUUGGUGAGGCCUCGGGAGCAGCGGCGGCGGCGGGGUCGCUGAGAGUAGCGUCUCCUUUUUCUUCAGCUCACUGAUCUCACCUUCGUGGAGUGACUAGAAGCGGUGGGAGCACUGGAGUGGCUCUUGUUGCGGCCCUUAGGGGAAUUUAAAGCAGUGAAGGCGGUGACCAAGAGGGGGCCCUCCCCCCUCCUCAGCGGGAGGGGGGGUGGUGAGCACGCCCCCGAGGACGCAGGUGUGAUUGCCUUCUUUACAGCACGGCACCGUGGAAGUGCAGACUUUCACAGGGGGUGUGGUCUCUGCUCACACAGGUACUCCAGAGGCUGGUGGACCUGAGCGGAGGCUGGGACGCCCUGGUGGGCCCCGGGCCCUGGAAGGCAGGUCCCGGUGGCUGGUGGCCCAGAAUGAGGCCAGCUCCCAGCAUGCCCUGCAGCCGGACACCAGCCACUCGGCCUGCAGCAACGGUGGUAAUAACCCAGUCAUUCUUCAGGCAUCCAGCAAGGAGCCUGGGAGUGGGACCAUGCAGAGCAGCCCCUCCCCUGCUCAUCCUCAGCUCCCAAUCCUACAGACACAGAUGGUGUCGGACGGCAUGACAGGCAGCAAUCCUGUGUCCCCUGCCUCCUCUAGUUCUCCAGCUUCUAGUGGGGCAGGUGGCAUCUCCCCACAACACAUAGCUCAAGAUUCCUCACUGGAUGGACCGCCAGGCCCGCAAGAUGGUACCACAGUUCCUCUGGAGGGGUUCAGCUUAUCCCAUGCUGCUGACCCAAUCAACAGGGGCCCAAAGUGGGAGAAGAGCCAUGCAGAAAUUGCAGAGCAAGCCAAACAUGAAGCUGAAAUUGAAACUCGGAUUGCUGAACUUCGGAAGGAAGGAUUCUGGUCAUUGAAAAGGCUACCUAAAGUGCCAGAGCCUCCCCGCCCUAAAGGGCACUGGGACUAUCUAUGUGAAGAGAUGCAGUGGCUCUCUGCUGACUUCGCUCAGGAGCGCAGAUGGAAACGAGGUGUGGCCCGCAAGGUAGUACGUAUGGUGAUUCGGCACCACGAAGAGCAGCGACAAAAGGAGGAACGAGCUCGGAGAGAAGAACAGGCCAAGCUGCGCCGAAUUGCUUCUACCAUGGCCAAGGAUGUUAGGCAGUUCUGGAGCAAUGUAGAGAAGGUGGUACAAUUCAAACAACAGUCUCGUCUUGAAGAAAAACGUAAGAAGGCCUUGGACCUGCACCUGGACUUCAUUGUAGGGCAAACUGAGAAGUACUCAGACCUUCUAUCUCAGAGCCUUAACCAGCCACUAGCCUCCAGCAAAGCUGGCUCCUCCCCUUGUCUUGGUUCUUCCUCAGCAGCAUCCAGUCCUCCACCCCCUGUUUCUCGGCUGGAUGAUGAAGAUGGGGACUUUCAACCCCAAGAGGAAGAAGAGGAGGAUGAUGAGGAGACCAUAGAGGUUGAAGAACAGCAGGAAGGCAAUGAUGCAGAGACCCAGAGACGUGAAAUUGAACUUCUUCGACACGAGGGGGAACUGCCGCUGGAAGAGCUGCUCCGUUCCCUCCCUCCUCAGCUAUUGGGUGGACCUUUUAGCCCCUCUCAAACACCUUCUCAUGACAGUGAUACCCCUGAUGGGCCUGAGGAAAAUAUUGAAGAGGAGCCUUCUCAGGAUUUGGAGGUAGACCCUCCAUCUUCCUCUGUCACACAGUGUAACAAACAGUGCUGGCAUCCAGAUGAAGAUGAUGAAGAGUUCACUGCUAAUGAAGAUGAAGCAGAGGAUGAAGAGGACACGAUAGCAGCUGAAGAGCAGUUGGAAGGGGAGGUGGAUCAUGCCAUGGAACUGAGCGAGUUGGCUCGAGAAGGUGAGCUUUCUAUGGAGGAGCUACUGCAGCAGUAUGCAGGGGCCUAUGCCUAUGAUGCCUCCGCUCCAGGCUCGGGGAAUAGUGAAGAUGAAGAGGAGGUUGAAGCCAAUAGUUCUGACUGUGAAUUAGAAGAAACAAGAGACGUUGAAGAGGCAGCUCAAGACGAUAGUAGCAGUCAGUCAGACUCUGCUGAGGAGCAUAGUGAGGAUGAGGAAGAUGAACAUUCAGAGGAAGAAAUGAGUGGGAGUUCACAGUCAGAAGAAUCUGAGUCUGAUGAGUCUGAGGAUGCUCAGUCACAGAGCCAAGCAGAUGAAGAACAAGAUGAGGGAGAUGAUGAUGAUAAUGAUGAUGAUGAUGAUGAUGAUGAUGAUGAUGAUGAUGAUGAUGAUGAUGAUGAUGAUUUUGGAGUAGAAUACUUGCUUGCUCGGGAUGAUGAAAGGAGUGAAGUAGAUGGGGGCAGUGGACCUCCCACCCCUGGUCCCACGACCACUCUAGGGCCCAAGAAAGAAAUUACUGAUAUUGCUGCAGCAGCUGAAAGUCUCCAGCCCAAGGGUUAUACUUUGGCUACUACCCAGGUGAAGACACCUAUUCCACUACUCCUUCGGGGCCAGCUCCGAGAGUACCAACACAUUGGCCUUGACUGGCUGGUUACCAUGUAUGAGAAGAAGCUGAAUGGUAUUCUUGCAGAUGAGAUGGGACUGGGAAAGACAAUCCAGACCAUCUCUUUGCUUGCUCACUUGGCCUGUGAGAAAGGUAACUGGGGUCCCCAUUUAAUCAUUGUUCCCACCAGCGUGAUGUUGAACUGGGAGAUGGAAUUGAAACGUUGGUGCCCCAGUUUUAAAAUCCUCACUUACUAUGGAGCUCAGAAAGAGAGGAAGCUCAAGCGGCAGGGCUGGACCAAGCCCAAUGCUUUCCAUGUGUGUAUCACAUCUUAUAAGCUGGUACUGCAGGAUCACCAGGCUUUUCGUCGAAAGAAUUGGCGCUAUCUCAUUUUAGACGAGGCUCAGAACAUCAAAAAUUUCAAGUCCCAACGAUGGCAGUCACUGCUCAACUUUAACAGCCAGAGGCGCCUGCUCCUCACAGGAACUCCCUUGCAGAAUAGCCUCAUGGAGCUGUGGUCCUUGAUGCAUUUUUUGAUGCCACAUGUCUUCCAGUCUCACCGAGAAUUUAAGGAAUGGUUCUCUAACCCUCUAACUGGCAUGAUUGAGGGAAGCCAAGAAUAUAAUGAAGGUCUAGUCAAACGCCUCCACAAGGUUCUGCGACCUUUUUUGCUGCGCCGAGUUAAGGUGGAUGUUGAGAAGCAGAUGCCCAAAAAGUAUGAGCAUGUUAUCCGGUGCCGACUCUCCAAGCGCCAGCGCUGCCUCUAUGAUGACUUCAUGGCACAGACUACAACUAAGGAGACACUAGCUACAGGCCAUUUUAUGAGUGUUAUCAACAUUUUGAUGCAGUUGCGGAAAGUCUGCAAUCAUCCAAAUCUAUUUGACCCUCGACCUGUUACCUCCCCGUUCAUCACCCCAGGCAUCUGCUUUAGCACCGCAUCUCUGGUGCUGAGGGCCACUGAAGUUCAUCCACUCCAGCAAAUUGACAUGGGUCGAUUUGAUCUUAUUGGCCUGGAGGGUCGAGUCUCUAGAUACGAGGCUGACACAUUUCUGCCCCGCCACCGUCUUUCCCGCCGCAUACUAUUAGAGAUAGCUACUGCUCCUGAUCCCCCACCUCGUCCCAAGCCAGUCAAGAUGAAGGUCAACAGGAUGCUGCAGCCAGUGCCCAAGCAAGAAGGUCGUACAGUGGUGGUGGUGAACAGCCCACGGGCUCCCCUUGGCCCUGUCCCAGUCCGCCCCCCUCCAGGCCCUGAGGUCUCAACCCAGCCCACUCUUGGUCCAGUUCCUCCAGUGUUGCCAACACCACUCAUGGUGUCGGCUUCGCCUGCUGGAACCCCAGUUGUUCCUGCAUCCCGGCCGCCUGGACCUGUUCUCUUGUCUCCCUUGCAGCCAAAUACUGGUCCUCUCCCCCAGGUGUUGCCAUCCCCCAUGGGAGUCAUGAGUGGCACCUCACGGCCUCCCACACCAACCCUGUCACUGAAGCCAGCCCCACCUGCCCCAGUUCGGCUGAGCCCAGCUCCACCUCCAGGUUCCUCCAGCCUGUUGAAGCCCCUCACAGUGCCACCAGGCUAUACUUUAUCUCCCGUUGCUGCUACCACCACCUCUUCCACCAUAGCAACUGUUACCACUACAGCAGUGCCAGCUCCGAAUUCUACACCACAACGCCUCAUCUUAUCUCCUGAGAUGCAGGCUCGUCUGCCUUCUGGAGAAGUGGUCAGCAUUGGACAGUUGGCUUCCUUGGCACAACGUCCAGUGACUAGUGCUGGGGGAAGCAAACCUCUCACCUUCCAAAUCCAGGGCAACAAACUGACUUUGACUGGUGCCCAGGUGCGCCAGCUUGCUGUGGGGCAGCCCCGCCCGCUGCAAAGGAAUGUGGUGCACCUGGUGUCAGCAGGGGGGCAGCACCACCUCAUCAGCCAGCCUGCCCAUGUGGCCCUCAUCCAGGCCGUGGCCCCGACCCCUGGCCCCACCCCUGUCUCUGUGCUGCCUUCGACCCCCAGCACCACCCCUGCCCCCACUGGCCUCAGCCUUCCGCUUGCUGCUAACCAGGUGCCACCAUCCAUGGUGAACAAUACAGGCGUGGUGAAGAUUGUAGUGAGACAGGCCCCUCGGGAUGGAUUGACUCCUGUUCCACCACUGGCACCAGCACCCCGACCUUCAAGUUCUGGUCUUCCAGCUGUGUUGACACCACGCCCUACAUUAACCCCUAGCCGUCUAACAUCACCUACUCUGGGUACUACUCGUACUCCCAUCCCCACGCCCACUCUGGUGAGGCCCCUCCUCAAGCUGGUCCACAGUCCUUCGCCUGAAGUCAGUGCUUCAGCACCCGGAGCUGCUCCCAUGACCAUCUCUUCCUCUCUGCACAUGCCGUCCUCACUCCCUGGGCCAGCCUCUUCUUCGAUGACAAUUCACAAUUCCUCUCCCCUUUCUAGUCCUGUGGUGUCCUCUACAGUCUCAGUCCCUGUGUCGUCUUCACUUCCCAUCUCUGUCCCUACUACACUUCCUGUCCCUGCCUCUGCCCCACUAACCAUUCCCAUCACAGCCCCCUUGCCUGUUUCAGACUUAGGUCCAGCCCUGCUGACCGGUGUGACCCCAGCACUAGCUGUUGUCUCAGCAGCCUCUGGACCACCUUUGGCAUCAGCUGGGGUUUCUCCGUCGGUGUCAGCCCUGGCUCUAGGUUUGGCUACUACUCCAGCUCUGUCCCCACCUCAGACAUCUGGUCACUCUCUGUUGUUAGCUACCACCUCUUCACAUGUUCCAGGAUUGAACUCAGCUGUGGCCCCAGCAUGCUCACCUGUCCUGGUGCCAGCUUCGGCUCUGACCAGUCCGUUCCCAAUAUCACCAAGUUCAGCUCCAGCUCAGGCUUCCCUUCUGGCUCCAGCACCUUCUACAUCUCAGGCUUUAGCCACCUCUCUGGCUCCUAUGGCGGCUUCACAGACAACAAUCCUGGGCCCUUCUCCAACUCCUCCUCUGGCUCCGCUUCCUGUUCUGGCUGCAUCACAGACUCCGCUUCCAGCUAUGACACCACCAUCAAUGUCAGGAGCCCCUUUACCCUCAUCAUCAUUGGUAUCCGCUCCAACUUCUGUGUUGGCUCCCUCAUCAACUCAAACUCUGGUAUCAACCCCAGUUUCAUCACCUCUCUCAAGCCUGGCUUCUACUCAGACAUUGACCCUAGCCCCAACUUUAGCACCCACUCUUGGUGGAUUGUCUCCGUCUCAGACACAUUCUCUGGGAACAGGGAGCCCUCAAGGGCCCUUUCCAAUUCAGACAUUGUCAUUGACUCCAGCAUCAUCCCUGGUACCAACACCAGCCCAGACACUAUCUUUAGCACCAGGAGGACCAGUAGGUCCAACUCAAACAUUGUCUCUGGCUCCAGCACCCCCUCUGGCUCCAAGCUCUCCAGUGGGCCCAGCUCCAGCUCACACACUGACUUUGGCUCCAGCAGCAUCAUCUGCUUCACUCCUGGUCCCAACCUCGGUGCAAACACUGACCCUGAGCCCUGCUCCAGUUCCUGUGCCCACUCUAGAUCCAUCUGCCACCCAGACGUUAUCACUGGCCCCAGCCUUAACACAGGCUCCAGCUUCCCAGGCAUCUUCCCUUGUUUCUGCAUCUGGUGCCGCUUCCUUGCCUAUCACCAUGGUAAACCGGCUACCUGUUCCCAAGGAUGAGCCUGAGACACUGACUUUGCGCUCUGGUCCUCCCAGCCCUCUUCCCACUGCUACCUCGUUCAGUGGGCCCCGGCCUAGACGCCAGCCCCCGCCGCCACCUCGUUCCCCUUUCUAUCUGGACUCUCUGGAAGAAAAGCGGAAGCAGCAGCGAUCUGAGCGCUUGGAACGGAUUUUCCAACUUAGUGAGGCUCAUGGGGCUCUGGCACCGGUGUAUGGGACUGAAGUCCUGGAUUUCUGUACCUUGCCCCAACCUGUUGCCAGCCCCAUUGGCCCUCGUUCUCCUGGCCCCAGCCACCCCAUCUUUUGGACUUACACUGAGGCUGCCCAUCAAGCUGUACUGUUUCCCCAGCAGCGACUAGACCAGCUGUCGGAAAUCAUUGAGAGAUUCAUCUUUGUCAUGCCUCCUGUGGAGGCACCUCCCCCUUCCCUGCAUGCCUGCCACCCACCUCCUUGGCUGGCCCCUCAUCAGGCAGCCUUCCAGGAGCAAUUAGCCUGUGAGCUCUGGCCCCGAGCCCGUCCUUUGCACCGUAUUGUAUGUAAUAUGCGAACUCAGUUUCCUGACUUGAGACUCAUCCAAUAUGAUUGUGGAAAGUUGCAGACAUUGGCAGUGCUCUUACGGCAGCUUAAGGCGGAGGGCCACCGGGUGCUCAUUUUCACCCAGAUGACCCGAAUGCUGGAUGUAUUAGAGCAGUUUCUCACCUACCAUGGCCACCUAUAUUUGCGUCUGGAUGGGUCUACUAGAGUCGAGCAGAGACAGGCCUUGAUGGAACGGUUCAAUGCAGACAAACGCAUAUUCUGCUUCAUCCUUUCAACUCGAAGUGGGGGUGUGGGUGUGAACCUGACAGGAGCAGACACUGUUGUUUUUUAUGACAGCGACUGGAAUCCCACCAUGGAUGCUCAGGCCCAGGAUCGUUGUCACCGAAUUGGUCAAACUCGAGAUGUCCACAUCUAUAGGCUUAUCAGUGAACGGACAGUAGAAGAGAACAUUCUUAAAAAGGCAAAUCAGAAGAGAAUGUUAGGAGAUAUGGCCAUUGAGGGAGGCAACUUCACUACAGCCUAUUUUAAACAGCAGACCAUCAGGGAACUGUUUGAUAUGCCUCUGGAGGAGCCACCUGGCUCAUCUGUGUCUUCUGUUCCUGAGGAAGAGGAGGAGACUGUGGCCAGUAAACAGACACAUAUUUUGGAGCAGGCAUUGUGUCGGGCAGAAGAUGAAGAAGAUAUCCGUGCAGCCACUCAGGCCAAAGCUGAACAAGUGGCUGAGCUUGCAGAAUUUAAUGAAAAUGAGGGGUUUCCUGCUGGUGAAGGAGAGGAGGCCAGUCGACCGGGGCCUGAGGAUGAAGAGAUGUCCAGAGCUGAACAGGAAAUUGCUGCCCUUGUAGAACAGCUGACUCCCAUUGAGCGCUAUGCCAUGAAGUUCCUAGAAGCUUCAUUGGAGGAAGUAAGCCGAGAGGAGCUCAAACAGGCAGAAGAACAAGUGGAAGCUGCCCGAAAAGACCUGGACCAAGCGAAGGAGGAGGUGUUUCGACUACCCCAAGAAGAAGAAGAAGGGCCAGGGGCUGGGGACGAAAUGUCUUGUGCAACUAGUGGAGUCAGCCACCGGCGUAGCAAGAAAGUCAAGGCUCCUGAGAGGCUGGGGACUCGCGUCAGUGAACGUCUUCGUGGAGCUCGGGCCGAAACUCAAGGAGCAAACCACACUCCUGUUACAUCUUCCCAUCAAACCUGCAACACCUUCGUGCCUCCCCGAUGCAGCCCUGUGAGAGAACGAAUUCCCAGGCCAGUUCCUAGGCCUAGACCUGCUCCUCCUCCUGCUCCUCCUGCUCCCCCUCCUGCUGCUCCUCCUUCUGCUCCUGCUUCUGUUCCAGCUCCUGCUCCUGCUCCUGCUCCUCCUCCUCCUGUUCCUCCUCCUCCUCCUGCUCCUUCUCCUCCUGCUCCUUCUCCUGCUCCUCCUGCUCCUGCUCCUGGUCCUCCUCCUCCUGCUCCUGCUGCUUCAGUUGCUUCUGCUCCUGCUUCUGCUAUAACUUCUGCCCUAGCCACAGCUCCAAUACCCAUUUCAGCCCCAAAUCCAGUAACCAUUCUUCCUGUUCAUAUCUUGCCUUCUCCUGCACCUCUGCUUCAACUUCCUCCUUGUUCUUCUCCUGCUUCUACCCCUCCUUCUGCCUGUACCCCUCUACCCACUUGUACCCCCUUACCAGCUCAAACCUCUCUAUUAACCUCUUCUUCACCAGCCCCACUUGAUUCCCUUCCUGUUCCCAUCUCUCCUGGGGUUACCAACCUCCUCUUGGACUCAGGGGAAGUAGAGAUGUGUACACAAGAGUUGGCACCUGUGGAGUCUCUAGAGCUGCCUGGAAUGACCAAUUCUGAAGCUUCCCUGGUUAGUCUUGUGCCUCCAAAUGAUCUUUUGCCAGUAGCUGUUGAUGCCCUGCCUGAAUCAGAGAAGAAUCUUCCUUUAAUUCCUGCACCCAGUUCAACUCUGGAAGCUGAGAGCAUCCCGGAUGAUCAGGAGCAGGAGGUGCCAGGUCCUGUGGAGGGGACCAAUCGCACACUGCUACCUGGUGGUGGGGAGUUGACCGUGAGUCUGAGUGAGAGCAAUGGGCUGGAACUCCCACCCUCAGCAGCAUCUGAUGAGCCACUUCAGCUAUUGGAGACUCACAGGAACUUGGAAGAUACAAGAGAGGUUCAGACCCCAGUCUCCAACUCAGAAAAGCCACAAGAACUUGUUAGAGCUGAGGUUAUAGCCCCAUCAACCUCAUCUUCAGCCACCUCCUCUCCUGAGGGUCCUUUGCCUGCCCGCCCUCCACGGCGACGAACCAGUGCUGAUGUAGAAAUCAGGGGUCAGGGGUCUGGUCGGACAGGACAACCCCCAGGUCCCAAAGUGCUUCGAAAGCUGCCGGGAAGGCUAGUAACUGUGGUGGAGGAAAAAGAACUUGUAAAGCGACGGCGACAUCGGGCAACUGCCAGCACCCUAGUACCUGGGGUAUCUGAAGUUAGCGCCAGUCCAAGAAGCCCAUCGAUCCACAGUAUGUCAGGGCCAGAAUCCUCACCUCCUAGCAGUGGGCCCUGUGAAGCUGCUCCUACAUCUUCACUAUCUACCCCAACCCAGCAUACCUUCAUAGCUUGUCGUCACAAUGAACUGGGGAUAACUGGUGGGGGCAGCCCAGAGAAUGGAGAAGGAGCAGAGCUUGCCAUCACUCCACCCGCUGUGAAACGGCGGAGGGGGAGGCCUCCCAAGAAGAACAGGUCUCCAGCAGAUGCUGGGAGAGGGGUGGAUGAGGCACCUUCAUCCAUCUCUAAGGGGAAAACAAAUGGGGUUGACCCAGUCCCUGGGCCUGAAACUGUAACUGCAACUGCUGUGGAGCCUGACCUCAAGCCCCAGCCUCUUGCACCCCAGCCAGUUCACAAACCAGAGCCCAUCAUCCUAUCACCUGUGGAGAAAAGACGGCGUGGGCGUCCCCCUAAAGCAAGGGAUUUGCCCAUUCCUGGGACCAUAUCUUCUCCAGGGGAUGGCAAUUUAGAGAGCCGGACACAGCCACUCCCUUUCCCAGCAACCCUUACCCCACUCCUAGCCUGUCCCACUGCUGUCGCCAACACUGUCACCACUGUCACCAUUUCAACAUCCCCACCGAAGCGGAAGCGGGGCCGACCUCCCAAGAAUCCACCAUCACCGAGACCCAGCCAACACCCUGUCUUGGACCCUGAUAGCUCUUCUGUUCUUGAGAGUUGUGGACUGGGAGUGCAGCGCCAACCCCUAGGCCAGGCGGAGAGUGAAGGCAGUUCCUCUGAUGAGGAUGGAAGCCGCCCUCUCACCCGCCUGGCCCGCUUACGGCUUGAAGCUGAGGGGAUGCGGGGACGAAAGAGUGAAGGGUCCAUGGUGAUGGCUGUAAUUCAGGAUGACCUGGAUUUAGCAGAUAGUGGGCCAAGUGGGUUAGAACUGACACCGCCUGUGGUCUCGUUAACUCCCAAAUUUCGUUCAACCCGCCUGCGUCCAGGGUCUCUAGUCCCCCCACUAGAAACUGAGAAAAUGCCUCGCAAAAGAUCAGGGGCUCCAGUUGGGAGUUCUGGGAUGGCAAAACGGGGCCGUUUGCAGCCCCCAAGUCCCUUGGGGCCUGAGGGUUCAGUAGAGGAGUCAGAGGCAGAAGCCUCAGGUGACGAGGAGGAAGGAGAUGGAACCCCACGCCGUCGAACUGGUCCCCGCAGGCUCGUUGGGACCACCAACCAAGGGGACCAGCGUAUCCUGCGUAGUAGUGCUCCUCCACACCUGUCUAUCCCUACUAUUAGUCACAGAGGUCGAAAGGCCAAGACGUGAGUGGGCAGCCCCUUCACUUAGGUAUCCUACCAUGGCCGCUUCCCCAUGCCCAGGCCUGACUCUGUUAACCACUACUUGAAGUCUUUGAGGGAAAAAGCCUCCAGGGAGACAUAGGGGGCUGUCUUCCUUUCCACCAAAGUAGGGGGUAGGUUACUGGUUGUCAUGGAAAUGGGGCUUGUCAUAACCCCCCUUCUCUCCUAUCCCAUAUGGCUGGGCAGUGUUAAGGGUGGCAAGAUAGUUUCUGUCCCCACCCCCUUGUACUUGAUUCCCCAGCUGUCUUUCACAGCCUCAAACCCUUAGGGAAAGGGGGGAGGGGCUUUUCAAUGAGGUGGGGUGGGUUUGUUUUUUUUUUUUUUUUUUUUUUUUUUUUUUUUUUUUUUUUUUAGAAAAAAAAAAUAAUAAACUUAGUUUCUGUACAAGCA